AUGCAAGUUAAAAGUUCCAAAAAUAAUUCUACUUUUCCAAAUUUAAAAUAUUUUUUACCUGAUGAUGAAUAUGACUCUAAUGAUUUUAAUUUUCUAGAAUAUGAUUUAGUUAAAAAGCUAGAUGAAAUAAAUAUGAAACAAAAUGAAGAAAUAAUCACUGAAUUUGAAGGAUCAAUUAGAUCCAAUAUAGCUGCAAAAGAGUUAUUUUCAGAAAUUGCUAAAGCAAAUCUUAGAAUAAAAAGUCUUGGUAAAACGAGAUAUGCUGAUCUUAAAAAUUAUUUAUGUACACAUGCUAUAUGA